CGGCGCCCAUGCGGGUCUGCGGCGAUGCGAGCGGGCUGCGCUCGGCCCCGCUCCCCGCCUAGCCGCCCCGGCCGAGCAUGGGCUGCAUCGGCUCCAAAGGCACCCUCGUGGCUGUGGACACGACUUUGCAUGUGGAGUGGAAUGAGGUGAAGGCCCUGCCUGCCCUCUCGCCCUUGGGGAGCACCAGGACGUCGCUGGUCCACAGGCUGGUUCGGCAGAGCUCAGUGGACAGCCAGGACUCUCUCGAGGUAAAUGUUGAAGACACUGUCGAAAUGUUACCCAAGUCCCGGCGAGCGCUCACAAUCCAGGAGAUUGCUGCCCUCGCCCGGUCCUCCCUGCACGGUAUCUCGCAGGUGGUGAAGGACCAUGUCACCAAGCCCACGGCCAUGGCGCAGGGCAGGGUGGCGCAUCUCAUCGAGUGGAAAGGCUGGUGCAAGCCCACGGACUCCCCGGUGGCUCUGGAGAGCGCCUUCAACUCCUACUCGGACCUGAGCGAAGGGGAGCAGGAGGCCAGAUUCGCAGCAGGUGUGGCCGAGCAGUUUGCCAUUGCCGAAGCCAAGCUGAAGGCUUGGUCCUCCGUGGACGGGGAAGACUCCAAUGACGAAUCCUACGACGAGGACUUUGGGACAAACACCAACAGCACCCAGCCAGCUGAUGCUGCAGGCCAGCUGCCGCCCGGCUCCUUCCUGAAGGAUCUCCUCCACAGCCGUCUGUGUCAGCUCAGCGUCCGGCAGGGCUCCUGCGAGCCCGAGAGCGACUCCUCCCAGACCAUCUCCCCGGAGACCCUGUGCUCCAGUCUGUGCAGCCUGGAGGACGGGCUGCUCCUCAAGGAGCUGGGCUCGCCGGGCGAACUGGCCGCCAAGCUGCUGGGCUCCCUGGCCGGAGGGGAGGAGCUGCUCCCUCAGACUGGAGAAAGUGCCUUCCGGAGCCUGGGACAGCUGGAGUGCCAGGACUCCAUGUACUCCAUGUCCUGCACGGAGUCCUGCCUCUCGCCCACGGAGGACGACAGCCUGCCCUGCAAGGACUACCACACGGCGUGCAAGCUGCACGGGGACAGCUGCGGGGUCAGGAGGAAAGUCUCCGACGUGGCCUCCUCGGGGGUGGUGUCACUGGAUGAGGAAGAGGAGGAGGAGGCUGAAGAGCAGUGAACUGGGCUUGGUCUGUGGCAUGCUUCACCUGCCAUCUCUGUCCCACUCCGUGACACCCCACUCCCACCUCCGGGCCCCGUUCCCAGAACCGUCUGUUCUCCUUGUGGGCGAGUCCUGUCUGGGGAUGGCGUGAGCCUUAGCCGGGCAGGGGAGGAUGGUGGAAGGAAAAUCCAGCACCCCCACUGGCGGAGACUGUUGAAGCCUGAGGCCUCGCGGCCGGCCGCCGGAUGGAUUUGCUUGCUGCGUCUCUCUCUCUCUCUCUCUCCCCUCGUCUGUUUUUUUGCAUGAGAGUCUUUUGGGGAAAACAAAAAACCCUGAAUCGGAGCCGACUGGACCUGACGCCAUCUGGGACGGCUCUGAGCAUGUCCUGCACCCUGCCUCCGAACCCCUGGGGCGGCGCCUUUCGCUGUCCGGGUGGCAUGGCUAGUGCUGUUAAAGCAACACGUGUCUGUUCCUAACGCAGAUUAACCCCCUGCCCUGGCCCCCCAAGCCCCGGCUCAGAGCCGGUGCCGCGGCGUAGUGUGCUGGGCUGCUCUGUACUUGACUUGGGAGGUCGUUUUUCAACCCUUUGGCACAAAACCAGCUCUUUGCUUUUAUCGUACUGGGUUUUAUAUCGUGAACCGAGGCAAGGAGACGGCCGAGGGCAGAGCAGGUUUGUCGGGGCGGAGCCGGACAGGAAUCGCCGUCUCUGCUGGGACUCCCCGCAGUGGGGGAGGGUGGGACGAGGGGGCACGGGCUGAGUUGGGGGGAGCGCGAGAGCAGAUCUUUUUCUAUAUUUUUGUAUGUUGUCUCUGUGUGGCCCUGGCCGGGAAUGUUGGGGGACGCUCCAGGGAGACGGGGUGCAGGGACUGGUGCCAGCCCAGCCUCGGCAAUGAAGUACUAACUUACCCAUUGGACAGCUUGGCCUCCGCAGAGCUGCCGCUGGGGCUGGGCAGUGGGGAGAGCUCAUGUUCCCCGUGCUGGAGUAAAUCUGACCGAUCCCAGGGAUACUUUCUGCAUGCACAGACACGGGCAUGCACCUGCGCUCCCACACGUGUGCCCACAAACGCAUGGGCACACACAGACCCUCCCCCACUGUUCACGGCGUGCCAUUGAGGGUGCCCAGCAUUUUACAACCCCCAUUCCCGCCCUGGAGAAUUGACCCUCUGCUCCUGCUGCCAGGUCUGAGUUGGGGGCUGGAUCGAAAUGGGCUGUUUUCUGGGUCGGCCGCGGCUGAAAUCUCCUGGAAUUUCAUGCAAAGCCUCAUCCCCCAAACCGACCCCCCAAAUCCAGCCCCGACAGCCCUUUGGUCUAGCUCUGUGCAGCGCCGGGGUGCACACGCAGAUCUGAGCGCACGCGCGUACACGACCGCGCCAGGCACCUGCCACGGGCCAGUGGGAAACAAAACCCAAGUCCCAGCUGUGGUGAGUGCACCAGGUCGCUCAGGUGGGAGCCCCCUCCCCUCCAGCAGAGGGGCUCAGGCUGGCUCCCGGCGGCUGCAGCUUUUCGCCUUACGGUUCGGGAAUGCUGAGCCUGGAACCCAGUGGAAAUGCAGGGGCGGGGUGGGGCUGGGCCUGGGGGGAUCUCAGCCUCGCCCUGCAGGUUCUCCCAUGCUCUCGUGGCUGUGACAACCCCACAGCAUUUGCUGCCCCACCUCAGACUGUAGCUCCAACAAACCAGCAGGCACCAGCCCCUGAUGUUUCAAAGGCGCGGGGGGCUGGGCUGGGCUAGGCGAUGACUCACCUCUGUGCUCCUUCACUCAGGCGCUAAAUGGUGCCACAUGUGACCCUGGGAGACCUUGGGCAUCAGAGAUCCCGCGCUCUGCAUGUGCCCACAGCCUGGGGAGAAAGGGCAAAGCCGGGUGGGGUGGGGAGGCCAACGUGGCAGCCACCCCCAAACUGAGCUUGUUCAUGGUUAAGGGAUCCUGCAGCUUUAAGGGCCCUGCUUGGCUGCUAGCUGGUGCUCACAGGGAGGGCCAUGAUGGGGAGCUGGCUAGGAAGGGAGGGCAGCGUCCCUGGGCCUGUGUGGGUGCCCCGGGGUGGGGAGGGGUCUGGACCAUGACCUGCAGGGGCAGCACCCAGGCACUGCCAGCUGGAGAAAGACUGGCUGGGUCCUGAUGGCGCUGCUCGCCCUACAUUGCGCCCAGCAGCGAUCCCCAGGGACAGGGAAGGGCCCCAAGCAAGGGGGCUCCCUUGGGCAGCUGUGAGAGCCGCAGCUCCUGCCCCUCCUGCUCCAGCCAAACCCCGGGCCCUAGGGAGCCCCAGUACCCAUGGGCAGUUCUAGGCCCUGGUGUGUUUGGCCUGGCCACCCCCCCACGCUAUGGCCUCCCCAUGCACCCAUGGCUUGUGUUCCCCUCCCCCCACAAGCUAUAACUUGUCCCAUCCCCCAUCCCCCCACUGGCCUGUUCCGCCCUCCCACACAUACACAAUGGCCUGUCAUUCCCUCCCCCCAUGGCCUCCCCCAUGCACCCAAUGGCUUGUGUCCCCCCACCCCCAACAAGCUAUGGCUUGGCGUUACCUUCCCCCCCCACCCCGACAAUGGCCUGUUCUGUGUCCCCAUGCCAUAGUGGGUUGUUUCCCCUCCCAAACACAACAUUGCCUGGCCAUCCCCCCCCACACCCACACACUGUAGCCUGUUCCCUCUCCUCCCCAUCCACACACUGACCUGCCCAAUGCCCCCUCACACACACUCUAUGGCCGGUCCCUGUCCCCCCCCCCCAAUAGCUUGUCUCCCCCCUCCAUGGCCUGGUGCACCCUGGCCAGUUCUAGUGUCUGCUAUGCUAUGUUUACCAAUGCAAUUCAUUACAGCAACAGGUGUGCCAGCCGUGAGGCACCCGGCGGACCCUCUCCUCCCCAGUCCCUGAUUCCCCCUCACUUCACGCGGUCCCCAAAUGUGCCAAACACUCCUCCCCCAGGAGCCGGUGCGGGAGCCCCUAAGAAAUGCUGCGGGCUGGGGCCCCGUGCACACCCUGCGCCGCCCCCGGCUCCCCGGAGCGCCCAGCAGGGCCUGCCCCCUCCUGCUUUACCGGAAUUCAACCAGCAGAUCAAGUGCCUAAAGAGGGGUCAAGCCCGGCCCGUGGAGCUCCUCAGGAACUGACUCCGGGCAAGGGGAGGUUGCAUCCGACCCCAGGGCUCUCGAGCACCCAGUCUGUGCCUGCAUCUUGGCAGAGCGUCUGCCUGCCUCAGAGAUGGAUGCUGGGGCGGGGGGAUGUGGGAGGGUGUUAGCAAGCUCUUGGGCCAGAGAGUCCGUGUUUGGAGUCCAGGGAUGGAUCCCAGAGCACUUGGACAAAGCCAAAAGUGGCUCCUGCCGCGCUGCCUGUCCCCGGGAGGCGGGCGGUGCCGUUGUCCUGUCUAGGCCAUGGGCCUGAGGAGGAAACGUGCCCCUAGUUGGAGAGCUGAUGCUGCUCCCCUAAGGUAGCAGUGACUUUCCAGCCGGGUGACAUGGGGCCAAACCCGCUUCCGCCCACGGGCGCAUGGCUUGCUCACAACCCAGGGGCAGGCAGCGGGGCCUGAGGGCUUGGGGACGGGGUCCCAGAAUGGCUGGCACAGGCUUAGCGCUUGCAGUGACCUUGUAGCAGACAGCAACGGGACAUGGCGUUAGGUUUUUCUCCACUGUGCAUGGUGGUUUGUUAUUGUAGGGUCGCAUGAGUGCUGUGGGCUGUGCAUGCUGCUGUGUUAUUACAGGGUUGCUUGAGAGCGCUGGACCAUGCAUGCUGCUUUGUUGUUGUAGGGGUGCUUGCAAGCGCUGGGCUGUGCAUGCUCUUUUGUUAUUGUAGGGUUGCUGAUGAGUGCUGGGCCGAGCAUGCUGCCUUGUUAUUGUAGGGUUGCUUGCACAAGGUCUGAGUCAAAGCCCUUUGAAGUCACUGGAAUGGCUCCCCCAGGCUGUGGAUGGGGCCCAGAGGUGAGCACGAGCGAGCUCUGUGCCUUCUCGGGGUUGCUCGUCUGCGAGCCCCAGCCACGUACCUACACCCCUAACGGGCCGGGCUGGAAGCGUCUCCCCAGGCGCCGUCUCCCCAGCUGGCAGUGGCUGCUAGAUCUCAGUGCUCAGGGUGUGUGGGGGGGAGGUGGUUCUCCUCGCUGGGCAUGGGGGAGCAACUGGCUCUUUAACUCAGCCAGGGAACCCCAGGAUUUGGGGGAGGAAGGGGAAACUGCCCUGCUCCUCCCCCACCCUCUGCCAAGGACCCCUUCAAUCUUCCCUCCCAUUGGAGCCAAUGGGACCCCCUGGGAGACCUGGGGCAGGCUACGGUCUAUAUGGGCCCUUGGCAGCAGUCUCUCCUGGGCCACUCCCCACCCCAGGUCUCCCCAUGCCCCACUGUGCCCCACACCGGCAGUGCCCACAGGCCGCUCCCCACUGCUGUUGUCAGGCAGCCCCCCGAGCAAGGAGUUUGAGUCUGGUCCCAGCAGGGAGCAGGUGUUUGCAUCACCUCCCUCACUCUGGAAGACACUGGCACACAGCUGGGCACUGCCUGCAGGGGUCUGAAACGCCCCUUCCCCCAGGAACAUAAGGCAGCUUCGCCAGCCCCUGCUCCCUGCUUGGAGCGGGCGACAGUGGCCCCUUGCCAGCGUGCAAGAGGCUCGCACGCUGCAGCCGUGGGGCAGAGGCGGUGGGAGACCAUGCUGGCUCGCUAGCCCCUCCCAUCCGAGAGACUCUGGGCACAUUCACAAACAUGCCCACUUUAACCCCGCCCGUGCCGUGGGCAACACCCCCUUAUGAGCGCUGGGGAAACAGAGGCACGGGGAGGGGACGGCCCAGAUCCUUAAAGAUAUUUAGGCACUGAAUGCCCAUUGAUUUCAAUGGGAGAUAGUCUCCUUCAUACCCUUGAGGAUCUGUGCUGAAGUGGCUUGCCCAAAUGAGGAAAAGAACCCAGGAGUCCUGACCCCUAGACAUCUACCCGACCCAUUGUAGCAUGCGCUCUCCUAGGGAGCCUGGCUCACAGAGAGGCUGCCCCCCCCACCCCGGACAGCCCCAGAGAACUUAAUAACGCAACAUCUGGAAGGAGAAAAGCAAAUAGGAGGGGUUGGCUAGCAGCGCUGGGCAAUUACUAGUCCCUGGGCCUUCCCCAGCCUGCGGCAGGAGUGAGUGACUCCAAUUGUACUUCACGUGAAGGGGCUGUGCAGGCAUGUGGUGGUGCGGUGUGCAUACAUGUGUGCUUGUGUUGCCCACAUACAGGUGGGUGCGUGUGAGUACACAUACCCCUCCCCUCACAGCUGUGUGUGCACACAUCCCUCCCCUCACAUCCACGUGCGGUCACACCUCCUUCCCCUCAUAUACACACAUCCCCUCAUACACACACACACCCCUACCCUCACAUCUGCGUGUGCACACACUCCCUUCCCCUCACAUCCAUGUGAGUAAACACACACCCCUCCCCUCAUAUCCGGAUGUGAUAUGGAUGGGAGGGGAGAUGUGUGUGUGUGCCUGGAGGUGAGGCAUGGGUGAGGGGUGGUGCGCGUGUGUGUGUGUCACACAGGUGUGAGGGGAGGUGUGUGCGUACACACUGCAGUGAGGGAUGUGUGUGUAUGAGGGGAAGGAGGUGUGACCGCACGUGGAUGUGAGGGGAGGGGUGUGUGUACUCACAUGGAUAUGAGGGGAGGGGGGUGUGUCUACUCACAUGGAUGUGAGGGGAAGAGGGUGUGUGCACAUGCAGAUAUAAGGGGAGGGGUAUGUGUGUGUACUCACACAGAUGUGAGGAGAGGGGUGUGUGUACUCACAUGGAUUUGAUGGGGGUGUGUGUGUGUACGCACACGGAUGUGAGGGGAAGGGGGCGUAUGCCCUCUCGGCUGUGAGUGGAAGGGGGCAUGUUCACACAUGGAUGUCAGGGGGCGGUAAGUGUGUACUCACGAAUAUGAGGGGAGGAGUGUGUGCGCACACGUAUGUGAGGAGAGGGGUAUGUAUGUACUCACACGGACGUGAGGGGAGGGAUGUGUGUGUGUGUGUGUAUGCACACGGAUGUGAGGGGAAGGGGGCGUGUGUGAAGGCAUACGGACGUGAGGGGAGGGCUGUGUGUGUGUGUGUGUAUACUCACAUUGGUGUGAGGGGAGGGAUAUGUGCACACACGGAUGUGAGGGGAGGGCUGUGUGUGUGUGUGUGUGUAUACUCACAUUGGUGUGAGGGGAGGGAUAUGUACACACACGGACGUGAGGGGAGGGAUGUGUGUGUGUAUACUCACAUUGGUGUGAGGGGAGGGAUAUGUACACACACGGACGUGAGGGGAGGGCUGUGUGUGUGUGUAUACUCACAUUAGCGUGAGGGGAGGGAUAUGUGCACACACGGAUGUGAGGGGAGGGGUGUGUGUGUGUAUACUCACAUUGGCGUGAGGGGAGGGAUAUGUACACACACGGACGUGAGGGGAGGGAUGUGUGUGUGUGUGUGUGUAUACUCACAUUGGUGUGAGGGGAGGGAUAUGUACACACACGGACGUGAGGGGAGGGCUGUGUGUGUGUGUAUACUCACAUUAGCGUGAGGGGAGGGAUAUGUGCACACACGGAUGUGAGGGGAGGGGUGUGUGUGUGUAUACUCACAUUGGCGUGAGGGGAGGGAUAUGUGCACACACGGACAUGAGGGGAGGGAUGUGUGGUUACACACACGGAUGCGAUGGGCGGAGUGUGUGUGUAGCCCGUAGCCGGGCAGCAGGCUGGGAGCGGGGAGGCGUGUCCCAUGGACCCUGUCUCGGUUCCCCAGGAGCCGUCCCCGGAGCCGCGUGGCCUCGCACUGUGCUUGGGGACCGUGAGCCGCCGGCCUGGCCCUGUGGCCGCUGAGAGCCGCUCUCUGUUGUCCUGUGUCCCAGCUGCCUGUGGCCGUCCUGCCAGGCCUCUAAUAAAACGAGUCUUGUUACUGCA